AUGAAACGAGGAUCAUCCCCCAUCGCCGCCUCGGGCUGGCCGUUCCCUGCCUAUACCGCUCUCAAGACAGCGCUCGUUGAACGCACAAUGGCUUCCGAGCGCAAGCGGCUACAGCUCCUGCUCGACGCAGAAGAGCUCGGCGACCGAAGACCAUCCCAGAUGGUUCGGCAUAUGGAGAACCUCCUCGGCUCGCGCGCCGCGACCUCCGAUCGGGUCCUGUUGAGGGAGCUGUUCCUGAAACGCCUUCCCAGCCAGGUGCAGAUGGUUCUGGCCACCGCAUCUGACCUGGAUAUCGCAGCACUGGCCAAGCUUGCCGACAAGGUUCUUGAAGUCAGUUCUCCCACCAUCUCGGCUUCUACGGCUGCGGUAGCUGCUCUGACACCCUCUCAAGACCCAACCACCGCUCAGCCCUCUUCCUCUCAGUUGACCACGCUCACUGAAGAAAUUCGACGGUUAUCUGACGUAGUCGCUUCAACCUUGUCGAGCCGUCGCCCCCGUCGCUGA